AGCGUAAUAAGCGGGGAAAAAAAACCAAGGUGGUGGUGCUGAAUCUGCUGGACAGGAAUCACCGCUUGGGCACAGUUAGAGCACAGUUUCCUUCACGAAUGUGCUCCUGCGAAUUGCAAAAGCCGGGUCAAAAAUGAGAAGUGAAUUAAAAAGUCCCUCCCUUUAGGAAAGACGAAUCUCUGUGCGUUUGUGUUUAGCGUUUUCUUUGCUUGUUUUACUUUGUUUUGAUUACAGCUUUUCUAUCCCGGGCCGAAUGUGCGGCGGCGAAAGUGCAGGCCAGUAAACAGCGGCGGGCUCGGCCGUGAGGCGCCAUGGCGGCGGAGGGCCUGGCGGGGCUCCUGCCCGCACAGACGCAGCUGGAAUACGCGCUGCUCGAUGCCGACACCCCUCAGGAGAAGGAGAACCUGGUCUACCAGUACCUGAAGAAGAUGGACAGCCGGGAGCGGGACCUGACAGUGCCCGAGCUCGGCGGAGAUCUACAGUGGUUAAACACUGACGGUCCCAUUUCUCUUCACAAAGACCUUUGUGGAAAAGUUGUGGUGUUGGAUUUCUUCACUUACUGCUGCAUCAAUUGCUUGCACCUGCUGCCUGAUCUCCAUGAAUUAGAGCACCAGUACUCUGAUAAAGAUGGUCUUGUUAUUAUUGGUGUCCAUUCAGCGAAGUUUCCAAAUGAAAAAGUUCUGGAUAGCAUUAAGAGUGCAGUUUUGAGGUACGAUAUUGUCCACCCUGUAGUGAACGAUGCAGAUGCAACACUGUGGCAUGAAUUAGAAGUGUCCUGCUGGCCAACUCUGGUCAUUCUUGGGCCUCGUGGAAACAUGCUGUUUUCGCUUGUUGGAGAAGGGCACAAAGAGAAGUUGUUUUUAUUUACUUCAAUAACACUGAAAUUCUACAAGGAGAGAGGACAAAUUAAAGAUAACAGUAUUGGAAUAAAGCUAUACAAAGACUCCCUCCCACCUUCUCCCCUGCUGUUUCCUGGCAAAGUGACAGUAGAUAAAUCAGGAGAAAGGCUGGUGAUAGCAGACACUGGACAUCACAGGAUUUUGGUCACUCUGAAAAAUGGGCAAAUUCUACAUACUAUUGGAGGUCCAAAUAGUGGAAGAAGAGAUGGAAGAUUUUCAGAGGCAGCUUUCAACUCACCACAAGGCGUUGCUAUAAAAAAUAAUGUUAUUUACGUAGCUGAUACAGAAAAUCAUCUAAUUAGAAAGAUUGACCUGGAAUUAGAGAUUGUGACCACUAUAGCAGGCAUUGGGAUACAAGGUGUUGAUAAAGAAGGUGGAGCUAAAGGAGAAGAACAGCCUAUCAGCUCUCCAUGGGAUGUGGUCUUUGGAAAUUCAGUUUCAGGGACCCAGGAAGAUGAUGUUUUAUGGAUAGCAAUGGCAGGCAUUCAUCAGGUAUGGGCACUGAUGUUGGAAGAUGGAAAACUUCCAAAGGGAAGUGAUUUAAAGAAAGGAGUCUGUCUUCGAUUUGCUGGGAGUGGAAAUGAAGAGAACAGAAACAAUGCAUACCCUCAUAAGGCCGGCUUUGCACAGCCUUCUGGACUCUCUCUGGCUUCCGAGGAACCAUGGAACUGCCUUUUUGUAGCAGAUAGUGAGAGCAGCACUGUGCGAAUGAUCUCUCUGAAAGAUGGAGCUGUGAAGCACCUUGUAGGAGGAGAGAGAGAUCCAUUGAAUUUAUUCGCCUUUGGUGAUGUGGAUGGAGCAGGCAUAAAUGCCAAGCUGCAGCAUCCCCUAGGAGUAACAUGGGACAAGAAAAGAAAGCUGCUAUAUGUGGCAGAUUCCUAUAAUCAUAAGAUUAAGGUUGUAGAUCCCAAAAUGAAGAAUUGUGCUACCCUGGCAGGCACAGGAGAAGCAGGCAAUGUUGUUGGCUCCAGCUUUACACAGUCGACUUUUAAUGAACCAGGAGGUUUGUGCGUUGAAGAAAACGGCCGUUUGAUGUAUGUUGCAGACACAAAUAAUCACCAGAUUAAAGUGCUGGAUUUGGAAACAAAAAUUCUGUCCAUGUUGCCUAUCCUGAAUCCAGAAACCUGCGAUGUUACAGAUCAUCUGGCUGCGCAAAAGGACCAAAUUGCAAACCUCCCAAAACUGCCUAAAUCUGCUCCAAACAUUCAGCUUCCUUCAUUGAAUGCAGCUCCCGGUCAGACAAUUCAGUUUCUAUUGAAGUUGACUCUCCCUCCAGAUUCAAAAUUGAACGAAGAAGCACCUAAUGCCUGGUUUAUCACAGCAGAAGAUAAUAAUACAUGGCUGCUUCAAGGACAGUAUCUGUCUGGAGAAAUUAAGGAUGUUUCCUGUCAAACUGUCAUUCCCUUUCAGCUACCAAGAGUCUGUCUAUCAGCUGAAGCUGUCCUGGCUAUCAAAGCGUGCCUCUACUAUUGCACUAAAGAUAGCAGUGCCUGCAUGAUGAAAGGAAUCUCAUUCAAUCAGCCUUUACAGAUAGGAAGUACAAACCAAGGCAGUUUGACUCAAGUUGAACUAACACAUUCGUUUAUAACUAACUAGUGCUUGGUAAAAUGAAGUAGAAUUUCUUAGUUUAAUGGGAAAAUUCGUAAUCACAACCUCAUUUCUUUUCAUUACAGUAGCAGCAAUGAUAUUGUAAUGCUCUAGACUCUGUUGCCAAUUGUGAAUAUAUGGGACAUGUGCCAUUCUAAGGAAUGAGCAACAAGUCCUUUUGAAAGAGUUAAUACUGCUUUGUGAUGUUACUGUAAGACAUUCUUUGCAUUGUACGUUGGAUUACUUCAGACUAACAGUUACUGAUUCCUUUUGUGCCCUUAAAUUUUAAAAGAAUGUCAAAACUAAUGGUUUCUUUCUCAAGGCUGCAAAAGAAGCAUCUUGCUUGUUUUUCUGAAGAGCAUCUAUGGCACAUGUGUUUUGAAAAUAUAUCUUAAAAGUGUAGCACUAAUGUUAUUUAAGCUGAUUGUUUUGCUUAACUCCAUCUGACUGCCUUAUAUGAAGAGCGCAGCUUAAAUGGAAAAAUUCCUGUGACAGGAAGUGGUUCAGUUCCUCCAAAAAAAAUCACACUCAUUUCUAACAAAGAAUGUGCCUCUCUGAUGUAUAUUUGUAAAAAAAAAAAAAAAAAAAAAAAAAAAUCAUAAAACCAUGCUGGAAUCUUUCUAAUAUGUACUGACUUACAUUUUAUGGUAAGUGAUAAAAAAUGUUUGAUUAUCUAAACUGCAAAAAUUAAAUGUCACCCAUUUCAAGCAAGUGAAUCACUUUCUCACUUUUAAAAUUUCAAUGUAAAACAUUGACUGAAGACUUCUUUCUUGCAAACUUAAAAUAUUUAGAGUAAUACUGCCUUCUUGAAGUCUAGUUCAGAGUUUUUUGAAGUCACUGUUUGUCCACACACUCAUUUGUUAUGGUGGCCUCUGAAUCAGAGCUAUGCAUGUGAUAAUAUCAUGUCUAGAGGUUCUGACAUUUUGCUAAAGAACUGGUGAUUUCAUCUUCGAGCAAAAUGCUUUGAAGCUGUGCUCCAGAACUCUGCCUUUGGUGCUUAAAUGUUUUGCAAAAAAAAAUUUGAUCAAUUUGCCAUAGCAGGUACCAAGAAUACAGGAGGAUGUGUGAGUGUCUUACCCAAAUUGGAAGGAUUUCCACAGUGCUUAAGUGGCAGCUGGAUUAGGGUCAGUGCUUUGAUUAUGAGGAUUAGUUCUGAGAUGAUGAAUUUGUUUGUAUGUUGAAAGAUAGUUAUUUUUGCAUAUAGAAUGAAGUGUGGUCAUGGAAGAAUUUUUAUGUGGUAUUUUCUAAAGCAGUCAUCAUGGUUCCUGACACCUGUCAGUAAUUCCCCAGUAUGAUUUCUUGUUGAUGUUUCUUAAAAGCUGACUGACCUGUUGGUCAGGAACUCAAGGGGCUUUUGUUUAGGGGGACCAUGCAGAGAGGUAUGCUUUUUCCUUCUGUUGAAGUGCCAGCCUUUCUGUGAGUUCUCUGUAGUAGCAGUAAUGUUGAUUAUCUCACCACCUGUCAGCAAGGCAAAGACUGAACUAUUAUUUCUCUUGUGUUUCUUUUUGCUUGUUUGCUUUUUUAAAGGUAUGUUUUCUAAUUCAGUCUUCCAGUUCCUUUGGGUAAGCCUCACAAUCUCAUAUGCCAUUCUGAAGAAGGAUAGAACUUUGCUAUAUUGUUCAGAGCUUGCAAAUGCCUUGGAAGGAUGAAGCUGAAGAAAUUGAUUAGUGCAUUUAUCAUUUCUUACAUUUUAUUGCAACUCCUUCAGAUUUCUUUUGGUGUUUAUCUAACUUUGGAUGGUAACCAGGAAACCUUAGCUCAGCUUCCAGCUACAUCACAGUUUUUCUGCUGCUUACUAAAAAAACCCAGGUGUUAGUUUCAGAAGUUCAGAAUAACAAAUCAAACUCUUAAAGUUACCUUGAGAAUGUAACUCAGCAGAUAGAUCAAUAUAAUAUAAUUUUAAUUGGAAAUCAGAGAAAAAAAAUGUGCUUCAGUUGAACAAGAUCAUAAAAUUCUGCCUUCUAUUCUCAAACUCAGGAAAAAAAGCUGCAUAAAUGCAAUCUAAAUCACAUUUUUAAAAUUAAAAUUAGUGGUACCAGAUACUGGGAAAACUGUUGCAUAAGAUCCAGCUAACAUCCAGGCUCAGACGUUAAAGGACCUUUAAGUAUUUAGUCAUAGCCAAAUUUUAAAUAAUUGUAUUUCAAGGAAAACGGUAGGAAUAAGUUUGAUUAUUUUAUUUCUCUUCUAAGUCUAUGUCUUGCAGCAGUUGAGUGAAUCCUAUAUAAACAAGGAGUGUAUCCAACACAAACUAGGGACAUACCAAAUUCAUGUCAUUGUUAGUACAUUCCCUGUUACUGCAGUGUAAUGACUGUGCUAAAAGAGGCAGAAGGUAUGUGAGACCAUCUCAAAAAUACAUUUGUCUUGUUAUUUACAAAGAAAAGAUGGAUGUCACAAAAUGCUUUCCCCACCUGCAUCCUAAGUCCUAAACCCCUUUAGAGUAAAAGGGAGACCUUCUUACCCUGAUCUGUCUUCAUGGCUAUCACACACUGCUAUAAUAAUUCUCCUUUGUUGUCUUAGGAGCAGCUGAUUAUCAGCGUGCUCCAGCUCUCCCUGAUUACUGGGGUUUUUCUGAUCUUGCUCACUCUGUGUGUUCACUAUGACUGGCAUCUAUCACAUUAAGCCUGACACUAUUUUGUUUGUCCAGGAAAUAGCAUACAAACUCACUGAGUCCCUGCUUAUGUUUCACUCACAGCAUCAGCUGAACAGACAUCUGAACACUCUAUAAUUAGCAUAACAUGCUUUUUAAGAGCUUAUGUUGUUUACUUUUAUCCUACAAAAGGGAUGCUGUUUCCAUUGCUAUCUCCAUGGUUUACAGGGUGCUGUUACACUAAAGCAACAAGUGCUAUGGAUGCAACCAGACAGGCAAACAGAAUAGCUUCUACAAGCAGCAGAAAUUUCAGUUCAGUUACCAGAAAGCAUCCUUAAAAUAUUAUUUAAAAAAAUAGGAUAUUGGAUUUCUGUCUCUAAAUACUGACAAAUCAGAUGACUGCUAUCUCUUUGUAUGGCAGUUUAGCUCGUAGUAUUUCCUGAUAUAAAAACUGUAAAUUACCAGUAGUUUGGUAUGGCUCAGCACUCCCAGAUUUUGAACUUCAAGUGACAUUAUGUAAUUCAAAGCCUCUUCACAUCGUGUUUUCUCACUGACUUUAAUAGGUUUUGCAUCAGACCUUAAUAAAGUUGUAAAUUACUGUAGCAAAUCUUUAAAGAAUAUUGGUCAUGCUUGCAUUCUACAAUAGAAGCAAGUUCUGAGGCUUUUGCAGUUUUGGUUCAAGGGUUUGCUUUCCUAGAACAGCUUUUGUUUGUGAAUGAAUAUGUUAAAUGUUCCAGGAGAUAUUUGUAUUUAAUUACAGUUUUAAUUUCACUAGGAGAAAGAUAAUGUCAUUUCAAAGAAGGAGAGUAAUGUCUUCUCGUAGCUUUUCACACUGUUUGAAUUCAGUAACAUCCCUCUGUGGUUUGUUCCCCUCCAUUGAAAGAAGAGAAGGAAUGCUGACUGCCUGAGUCUGUUAUUGAUGGGCAUGCAUUUUAUGUUCAUUCUUUUUUAUAUUAGAUUCUCUCAUGCCUGUUUGGGUUUUCCUACUGGUGCACCUUUUCAUAGUUCACGUUUUGUCUGACAUCUUCCACUUGUAGGGCAUUGUGCUCAUGUAAUGCUGUUGUAAUGUGAUACAAAGCAAGUCUGGACCAGAUGAGUAAUACAUGAGAGAGUAGUUUACAGUGUCAUGUGAAUGCCUGAUCUGCUUAGCCUGAGAAAAGGUGCAUGUGUAUAUAUUCUUAAUCCACUUGUUUUAUUCCAAUGAACAAAUCUUGUCAUUCAAACCAUGGAAAAACUACAUUUUGUGAGAGCAUCAAGAAAAAGCUUUUUCCUAAUCUCUUGUUUACAGGAGGGGGAGGAACAGAAUGAAGUGACAGGGGCAUGUCUUUCUGCUCCUUCAGUUAUUUACUGUUAAUUUUAGUAAAGAGUGUUGUACUCUUGGCCACAGUUUCAAAUUGUCUUGAAUUUUUGAUUCCUAACAAGGUUUCCUACAUACAUGAAAGCCUUAAAUGUUUGACUUUGUAGAGUAAUUAAUCAUAUAUCUAGUUUUAAAUGGCUUACACUUUAGCAGAAUACAGCAGAGAUUUAUGUACAUUCUUAUGCUCUACAAUUUCUGAAAAUUACUGUUGCUCUUUACCUCAGUGACACAUUGCAGCUACACUUAUACAGAAGGGUGUUUAUAAAUUGUGUGUUGCAAGUCAAAAGUUUUCUUCUUUGUAUAAUUAAUUUAUGAGAGAUGCUGUAACUGGUUGUGUGUGUGUUUAUGUGUUCUCCAGGCUGUGAAUCUUCUGACUGAGAAAAAUGUACCAUGCAUAGCAGCUUAUCACCCACCCUUCUUGAUUAUAACCGUGCACUGAAAUCUACUAGAUCAGUUAUAAAAUCUGUUCAGAUAACUGAUUUAUGUUAGCAGAAAUCUAGUAGUCAGAAUUAAUGAUGAAUUAAAUUGGAAAAAGUUUAUCAGAGAUUUAAUGAGCUUGUCUGUCCCUAGCUGGAAAGGUGUCAGAGUGGUAAAAGUUAGUUAUACACAGUCAUUGCAAAAGUGAGCCCUGGUUAUUUUCUUAAGUGGACUGCCAAAUUUGUCUUUGCAUUGUAUAGCAGGUCAUGAAUUUAGAAAUAACAUUUCUAAUGUUUUGCAUUUCAUUUUACUCAUGUAACAAAGUUUGAGUACUCUCAUCCAUCAGAACCAGCUGUUCCUAUAUUUUGUAGAUGUUGUUGCAUAAAAUCAUUUACUCUUGUUAAGGAAUCAUAGUAGGAUUCAUUCUUACUAAGUAUUCAGUACGUCUAUGCAUGACUUGAUUUUUUGGCUUAUUUUACUUUCUUUUGUCACAAUAUUAUGGGAGGUAUUCAUUAUUUUAUUUGUGUCUGUCUUUUCCUUCUGUAGUUUCCCCAAGAAUGAAAUAUAGCCAAUAUUUUGUUUCCAUAGAAGGAUCCAAGAUAGAUAAUUCCCUUUCCCAACCCCUUGCCCCUCCCCUACUUGUUUAGUGAACUGCUUUGUUGGUCCAUUGCUUUCAGGCACACCAGAGAACGUAUUGUCCAGUUGUAGUACUUGGGGUUAAGCAAAAGAACUUGAAGAAUUUUUCAAGUCUUGCCUAGUUUAUCUGAAACAUUGACAAUUUUGAGCUGAAGAAAUGAUGCUUGUAGAAAUGUGUUCAUAAGUCUACCUUUGCUCAGUGCUAUGUACUCAACAUGCCUCAGGAGUGCAAUGUUCCACAAUGUGUAUUUCUCCUUUUGACUAAAAAUUUAGAAACUCAGCCCAUCUCAAAGACUCAUAGAAUGGUUUGAGUUGGAAGGGACCUUUAAGAUCAUCUAAUUCCACUCCCCUGCUGUAGGCAGGGACACGU